CAACUCCAGCGGCGCCUGGAGAACAUGGAGAACCUGCUGAAGAACAGGAAUUUCUGGAUCCUCCGGCUGCCCCCCGGGGGCGAGGUCCCCGAGGCCCCAGCGUUGGAAAGCAACGCCGCUUACUUUUCUGUGCAAGAGUGGGAGAAUCUGGAGGAAUGGCAGAGGGAGCUGUACAAAAACAUGCUGAGAGGGAAGAACGAAUCUCUGAUCUCUCUGGAUUACGCAAUCUCCAAACCUGACCUCCUGUCCCGGCUUCAGAGAGGAGAAGCGCCCUGCAAUGGGGAUGAGGCGGCCGCGAGAGAGAUCCCAGCAGAACCAAGUGCAGCAGACUACGGCAUUCCAGAGCCGAGCUUUGUGGGUGUUGUGAAGCAAGAGGAAGAACUGUGUGCGGAGGAGCAGGGAGCCGCAGAGUUUACCGAGCUCAGUGUGGUUCCAGCAGAUGAGGUGAUAACAUUCAAAAUAGAGCAGCUGGACUCUGAGGAGUGCCCCCAAAGCUCAGACCCUGCCGCGACUUUAACCAGGGAGUCAGAGGAGCUGGUUUUCCAGGGUCCCAGCGAGGCGCUGCCCUUUGAUAGUCAGUACAGCUCUUCUGUGCAGCAGGGAAACCAGAGCGUGAGCAGGCUGGUGCCAUCCACUCUGGGGGAAGAGAGUCUCAGCGAAAGCAACGCUGUCACAUUCUAUGGGCAGAACUGUCCCAACAAGAGACCUCACUCGUGUACUGCGUGCGGGAAGGGCUUCUGUCUGAAGAAGAUGCUGAUGACUCACCAGGAGGGCCACGGCACACAGUGCAGCAGCGAGCAUGCUGGAGAAGAGGAGGGCUUCCUCCAUCAGCAACACCAGCAGGCCCACGUGGAAGACGGGACCCGCGUGGCCACGGAGAGCUUCAAGCAGAACCAGAAUGCGAAAGCCCACACCAGCAUCCCAGCCACGGACAAGGCGUACGGCAAUCCGAGGUGCGUGAAAAGCGUCAACACCAACGGCAGCUGCAAGCCAAGUCAGAGGAGCCACCCACGGGGGCGGCCUUACAGGUGCGACAAGUGUCAGGAGUGCUUCUCCCAAAAGAAAACCCUCAUCAUCCACCGGCGUAUGCACUCAGGUCGGAGCGGAGGGGUCCUUUGGUGCUCAUACUGUGGGAAGACCUUCAGCCACCCCUCCAAUCUGAUCCGUCAUCAGAGGAUCCACACAGGGGAGAGGCCAUACCAAUGCAACGAGUGCCCAAAGCGCUUCACGCAGAAGCAGCACCUCCUCCAGCACGAGAAGAUCCACCUGCGUGAAAGGAACUGGCGCUGCAGUAACUGUGGGGAAUUUGUUCCAUUUUCUAUCACCUCUGAGUGCACCCAAAGGAAGUGGCAUCGCCCAAACCCCUUCUCAUACCUCUAG